AUGGCUGGAAUGGCUGCUGUUAUGCUUGCAGUAGUUGAAGGGAGGAAUGAAGGUGGUCUGAUGGUUGCUGGGGUGCUUAAGCAACCAAGAAAUGGUAUCUCAUUUGCUCACCCACAUUGGAGAACUCCAAGCAAUGGGCUUGGACUUUGGUGCUCCCAAAUAGCUAACCCAAAGUGUCCAUUAUCCAAGAGCUUCCGUGGGCCUUAUGGACCUUCGUAA